CAAUCUGCUCCAAUUGAGAGGGGAAUUCCUCUCUCUCUCUCUCUCUUUCCGUGGCGAAAGAUCGCCGAUUCCCAUUCCGAAUCCAACAAUGGAGAAGCAGCGACGUCACAGGUAGAGCGUCAACAUCGGCGUCUAUAAAUACGGAUAAAUACGGGUGCGAGUACGGAUUUUAGUGGGCAACGGAACGUCGAGCAGGGCGCACGGCCGGCGAAUGAGGCACUUGCUCAGGAAUCGCAUUCGUAGUGUCGGGAAAUGGCCGGAGAUGGCCAAAUGAAGUGAAGUGUGGUGCGGUUAAAAAUAAACAUGGCAUGCGAAACAAGCCAAGAAGUUAUUCAGUGAAGAUCAGCCGUGUGGAAAUGGGAAAACUCUCGUGGAAAACCUGUAAAAUAGCUUGACGGAGGAAUUUCGUGGCAUGCGUUGAAUAAUUCUGAUAAAACAAUAUACAGAGCGCGCAAACAUAAAUAAUAUUCCAUAUGCAUAGUUCGGAAAUACAUCAGCUGCUAAAAUAAACGGAUCGGCCGAAGCACCAACAAAAUCGCCAGCCGAUCCGCAGCUCGUACCGUGUCCGCUCAUGACGUCACGGGUGAGCAUCUGGCAAGGAGCAUCAUAGUAUCAACAGCAUCAUCAACUGCAGCACAACAAACUAACAUAAUAAACAACGAUAGGUAGCCGGAAAUCCUUCCAGUCGUCAUCGAUGCGAGUUUCGGACCAGACCCGAGCAUGUCAAGGCCAGGAGCGCCAGUCGAGGGCCAAUCGAAACCGGAACCGGAACUAAAGCCGAAACGGAAGCGAGCCGCCAACAAACAUGUCCUCGCGACGGAGCUCCUUUCGCCGGCGAGAGAAGCCGGCCUUCGAGCGCUUCAAGGACCAUUGCCGCCACUUCACGGCCUUCAUGUUCAGCAACGUGGGCAUCAUUCUGCUGGUCACAUUCUACAUAAUCGGCGGAGCGUUCAUAUUCCAGGGCAUCGAGAUAUUCGAGUACGAAAAGCUCAAGUCGGCGAAACCCCAUCGGUUCAUCGCCAGGAACUUUAGCGGGGAGUGUCUGACGCGUAUUUGGGAGAUUACGGCUGAGAACAUAAGCUUCUUUGACCACCAUGCCUACAGGAGGCGGGUUAACGAUGUGCUGCUGGAUUACCAGCGGGCCAUAGUAAAGAAACAGCUCAGGGGACCCGACGUGGAGCAGUGGAGCUUCUCCGGCGCCUUCCUCUACUCGCUGACUGUGAUCACGACGAUCGGAUAUGGGAACAUUACGCCCCAAUCCGAGUGGGGCAAGCUGGUGACCAUUCUCUAUGCGAUUAUUGGCAUGCCACUGUUCCUGCUCUACCUGUCCAACAUUGGCGAUGUCCUGGCCAAGUCCUUCAAGUGGAUAUACUCCAAGGUUUGCCUGUGUCGCAUAUGUCCCGGUGUGGCCAAGCGACGAAUCAUCCGUGAGAGGCGAAAAAUGAGACAAUUGGCCAGAGCGCUGCAAAUGCACGACAUGGAGAACGCCCGGGGCAGCAGCAGUUACACCAGCACCAGCAGCACCACCACCUCCAACAGCAGCAGUAGCGACUAUACCAGGAGCUCCCGGCAGAGUUCCAGCCUGGUGGAUAUUCCGUACAGUGACUCCGACUCGGAUAUUGAGCGGGAAAUACGAGGCAGCACGGACGAGAUUACAGUUCCAGUCACCGUCUGCAUAUUUGUCAUGGUCGGAUACAUACUCUGGGGUGCCCUGCUCUUCGGGCGCUGGGAGGACUGGAACUAUCUGGAUGGCAGCUACUUCUGUCUCAUAUCGCUUAGCAGCAUUGGAUUCGGGGAUCUAGUGCCAGGUGAUCGUGUGAUAACCGCCGAUAAAGAUAAAGUGGAGGUCAGCUUUAUUCUCUGCGCCAUUUAUCUGCUGCUUGGCAUGGCCGUGAUUGCCAUGUGCUUCAAUCUGAUGCAGGUAAAUGGGACAUUAGUUGACCACUACUUUCAUUCUAAUGCAAACUCUCUCUUCCAGGAGCAGGUCGUCCACAAUAUACGGGCUAUUAAGCGGGGAUUCAAGGCCUGCUUUCGGUGUCGCAGCUCUUAAGAGGCUACGUGGCUUUGGCCGUCUAACCACAAAGAUGUUUCGUCGUACAAAGUCAUAUUAUUAUUCACUGUUAAUGUAGGCUAAUCUAGACUAGCUUAAGGUAGAACUGUACAUAUAACUAAGCAGAAUGUGUUCCUUUUCUGGUAAAUGUAUAAUACUUAUAAAUAUAAAAACGGAGGUUAAAGUCUUCUAUGUUUAAUCUGAAUGGCAAGGACAUACAAUGCAUGUGUAAUAUAAGUUGAGAUCAAAGAACACCCUUUUAAGUCAUCUAUGUUUAAUCUGAUUGGCAAGGACAUACAGCCAGGUGAUUCUAGGUGAACUCACCACCGGGACACCCUAGACCACCUUGCUCUUGCGCGAAAUACGACAUUUCGGUCUCUGGCUCAACUGCUCCAUC